AAUCGUCGCUCUCUCUCCCCCCCCCUUGAUCCUCGUCCUUGUUGUCUUCUCGCUUUGCUUUCAUCCACAACACUCUCUCUCUCUCUCUCUCUCUCUCUCGCAUCUCGCACCUCUCACAGAUCACCAGAUCACAGACUCCCUCCACCCUCCUUUCCACUCACCCUCCUUGACUCUCUACUCUUCGCCUUCUCCUCUAUUCCAUCUCUUUCAUCUCGUUCAUCUCUUGUCAUCCUCCGUCCUCGUCUCCCUUUUGUCUUCAUCACUCAAACUCACAAACAUCACCAUGCUCUUCUCCCUCACCCCCUUCCUUCUCCUCGCCGCGGCGUCGCAGGUCGUCGCCGCCCCUCACAUUCACAAACGCGACCAUUCCCGCCUUGCCAAGCGCAACUUUGGCCGCGUCACCUUUUUCCGUUCCACCGACUCUGACCCAAACCUCGCCUGCCAAGGAUACUACUACUCCGACGAAUCCUUCCCCCUUGUCGCCCUUUCCACCUCUGGCGACUUCUCAAACGACAAGUGUGGUCAGUGGAUCACCGUGACCUACAACGGCCGCACCGUCUCUGCCCAGGUUCAGGACGCAUGCGCCACCUGCUCAAACGGUCAGAUCGACCUGUCGCCUGGCGCAAUGCGCCAGCUCGACCCAGACUAUGAGCGCACGGGCCAGUUCAAUGCCGAGUGGAGCUUUGGUGGAGGCGGCGGCGGCGGCAACAACGAAGAGCCCAAGACGACAACCAAGGAGGAACCCAAGACCACUUGGACCCCCCCUCCCCCCGAGCCCACCACUACCACGCCGUCGCCCAAGCCGACCCCAACUCCCACGCCAACCCCCACCCCGGACACUUCCUCCACCUCGAGCCUCACCUCGGGCACACCCAGCUCGCUCUCUCCCAGCUCGUCGCUCCUCUCGUCGGCCUCGCUCAACUCGACUACUUCGCUCAACGCGACCUCGUCCCUCAACGCUACCUCGAGCCUCAACCAGACCUCGUCCGCGCUCCCCUCGGCCUCGCGCAACGCUACCGCCUCCAUCGCUGCAGGCAGCGACCACGUUGUCGCUGGUCAGGGCGACGUCGAGGACGGCGCUCUCUCGGGCGUCGGCAACCUCGUCGUCAGCAUUGGCCGCCUUAUUGUCCUCGCCGUCGGCGGCAACUAGUCUUUCGUUUUUAUAUUUCAUGCAGGUGUAAUGGGUUUGGUGG